AUGCAUAUCCACUAUAUCGUCUUCCCAGACUCCCACCCAGAGGAGCCAAUCACAAGGGGUUUUGAAGCAUGGACCGCUGUUUCAAACUUCACCUUCGAGAGGGUUCGAGAGGAAUCGUUUGCUAAAAUCCGAGUUUAUUUCCAAGUGAGGGAUAAGGAACUGCACCACCCCUUGAUGGGCCUGGAGGAAUCUUGGCUUACGCCGACUAUUGCUACCCACGAAGUAGGUCAUCUUCUAGGACUUGGGCACAGUCGAGUGUUGAAAGCCAACAUGUAUGCUUAUACGGGUACUGCAGAGACGAAACCUUUGAUUCAGGAUGAUAUCGAUGGCAUUAGAGCUAAAUACAGCACUUGA